AAUCACUUUUCCGUUAGCCGUAGGUGUAGCCUAGCCUAUUUUAUGACCGUCUACUGUCAUUUUAAUAAAAAUAUAUUAAUAGCACGUAUAUUUAUGGGUUCUAAGUAGGACAAUAGACGUUAAUCAUUCUUGAUCAAAGAGUUCUCAUCUUACUGUCUGCCAUCAACCAGUUUUGUCUACCCAGGAGUACACAGUGGUCUCUGCCCUGAGCCAACCUGGCCUGUAACCACAGCAACCAGAGCUGGGGGUAGAUGCCAUGCUUUGGAAAACAACAAACUGGGGGACAUUCUAAGAAUCAUGGACUUGUCUGGGGAGGAGAGGGAAGAGGGCACCUUUAGAGCUGCCAGGCUGGAAGGAGACCAGAGGAGAGACUCAGGAGAGACACCCUGCCAUUGCCCCCCACAGGAAGUGGGAACCUUCACAGGAAGUGGGAAGCGGUUCUCCCAGACAGGAAGUGGAAAGCGGGUCUCCCAGACAGAAAGUGUGGUUGUUACGUGUGCCCGUCACAGUCACUGCCAAGUUAGGGUGAAACUCAAAAGACUUUGUGUUCAAGACGAAGAUAGUAAAGAUGAUCCAACCGAGUCUCCAAACACAGAACACAAUGACGAGGACACUAACCCUGCCAUUUUUAAGUGCGAUGAUGAAUUAGAGGUGCUGACUGUUCAAGUAGAACAGGGGGAGGAGCAGGAGAAGAGCGAUUCAGAGGACAAACUGCACCAUUGCGCCAAGUGUGGGAAGACCUUCGCCAAGUUGGAGGCUUGGAAGGAUCACCAGCAGACUCACACGGGGAGCAAGCGUUACGGCUGCCCCUACUGCGACAAGGAGUUCUGUAACUUGUCAGGCAUGAGGAGGCAUCAACAACAAGUGCACCCUGAUAAGGGAGCCCUUUCUAUGAAAGCUCAGAGAAAUUCACAAGUUCCUCCUGGAGAGAACAGUGAGCUGCACGCCCGUGAAGAAGAAGAGGAGCCACGUUUUGACAGCGUCUCCCACUUCCUCUCUGAGGUGGAGGGCUGUGCCAGGAAGCCACCCCCCUGUGCCAAGAAGCCACACCCCUGUGCAAGGAAGUCACACCCCUGUGUCAGGAAGCCACACCCCUGUCCCGAGUGUGGAAAGGAGUUUGUGAAUCAGAACAAGCUGAAGCGACACCAGAUGACGCACUCCGGAGAGAAGCCUCACCGCUGCUCCGUGUGCGGUAAGUGCUUCCUGCAGAAAGGGCAGCUCAAGGUUCACGAGAGGAUCCACACCGGCGAGAAACCUUACUCCUGUUCCAUCUGCGCUGCCAAGUUUGCUCAGGUGGGGGAUGUGAGGAGACACGAGAUGAGGCACCUGGGGGAGAGACCGUUCGGCUGCUCCGAGUGUGGCAAACGCUUCAUAGAAGCGCGGCUCCUGAAGGCUCACGAGCGCACGCACACUGGGGAGAGACCGUUCGGCUGCACAGUUUGUGGAAGGAGGUUCUCCACCUCGUCCUGCCUCAGGGAUCACAAGGUCACCCACACGGGAGAGAACCCGUACUCCUGCUCCGUGUGCGGGAAGGGCUUCGCCACGUCCUCCGGCCACAGGGACCACGAGAGAUCGCAUGCUGGGGAGAGACCCUACCACUGCGCCGAGUGCGGGAAGAGCUUCUGUCGCCCAGGGCAACUGGUGAAACACCUGAGGAGACACAAAGGUGGAAGUGAUGCCCAAAACCCCAGGAAGGGUCCUGGAGCUCCCAGACUGGAAAGGAAGGCAAAGGAAGACAAGCUUAAAGAUGAUAAGGAUGAAGGAGAUCUGAUCAGCUCAGAUUUGGAUCUGGUGGAGCUCUUGCAUCACCACAAUGACCUCAACACAACACUGGAGAUGGAACAUGAAGAAUUAGUUGAGGAAAAAGAAGAGGGGAAGGAGGAUGGAGGGGAAACAAAUGGCGUUGGGGGAUACAUCAAUUCUGAAGGAGAGGAGUUGGACAUUUACUCUGAGAACCAGCAGGAGAACCAGCAGGAGAACCGGACAGUGAAGAAGUUCUACCGCUGCCUUGAGUGUGGGAGGGAGUGUCCAUCCUUCUUCAGACUCCAGAUGCACAUGAAGACCCACACAGGAGAGAAACCUUACCCCUGCCCCACGUGUGGGAAGCACUUCCGCCAGAAGGAGCACCUGAAAGAACACAAGAAGGUUCACACGGGGGAGAAACCCUACUCCUGUUCAGACUGCGGCGUGAGGUUCAGUCACCAGGGGGCGCUGAGGAGGCACGAGCGCUCACACACAGGAGAGAAACCCCACCCUUGCGCUGCGUGUGGCAAGAGGUUCACCAGGAUAAGCAGUCUCCGAGAGCAUCGAAACACGCACACAGGAGAGAGGCCGCACUGCUGCAGCGUGUGUGGGAAGACCUUCUUCAGGCUGUCGGCCCUGCAGAAGCACCAGGUGACUCACACGGGGGAGAAACGCCACAUCUGCAACGUCUGCGGCAAAGGCUUCUCAGAGGCUUCCACCCUGCGACGCCACGAGAGGGCUCACACCAGAGAGAAGCCCUACCAGUGUGAGGACUGUGGGGGGAGCUUUUCCCAGCUGGGGAGCAUGAAGAGACACCAGCAGAUCCACUCCAGGGACGGGCCUCGGCCCGGUCUUCUGCCUGCCAUGGCUGAUCAACUUGAUCCACUUUCUCUAGCAGGUCUCAACCCUAUCAGUUACCAUGGUGACCUGAGAAAACAGCCACAGUGUCCUGAAGAGCCUGAGCAUGAUGAUAAAGAGGAAGAACAUGACGAGGCUAAAGAAUGGAGUUGUUUGUUCAAAUCUGGAUCAUCGUCGGGUGUUUCCAGGUGUGUUCACACCUGCCCCUUAUGUAGACUUCAGUUCCCCCAGUCCUCCAAACUACACAGACACCUGCAGACUCACCCUACUCUCACCCAAUCAGGAAGUGAGCCGCGAUGGGAGCGGAGCCAUCACCGAGCGGCAGACAGACAAAACCACGAUGCAGAGACUCAACAUGGGACGACCGCUCAUCAGCAUGGAGACCAGGGGUCAGAAGAGGGCGUUGAGACCAUCAUUUAUGCCGGGCCUCCAGGGAACGAGGAUGAGAAGGAGGAAGAGGAGGACAGAGAGGAAGGGGUUGUGUUUUCCACCGCAGAUCAGAGUGUGAGUUCCUCCGCCUCGGGCCGGGAGAACCAGCCUCUCUCCCCCCCGAUGCAGCGUCUCAGAAGCAGCCUCCUGCAGCGGCCCAGCGGCUCCCGCUGCCCCGUGUGCGGGCGGGACUGCAGGAAGCCCUCCACCUUGCAGAUCCACCUCAGGGUCCACUCAGGGGAGAAGCCCUACCAGUGCACCCUGUGCAGCAAGCAGUUCACCCAAAACCGCCACCUCCAGGACCACCAGAGGGUUCACACGGGGGAGAAGCCGUACCGGUGCUCCGACUGCGGCAAGAGCUUCGGCCACUCGGGGGCCUUGAAAAGGCACCGGCUGUUCCACACGGUGGAGAAGUACGGGUGCUCCCUGUGUGCGAAGCGCUACAGCCGCCUGGAGCGUCUGAGGGAGCACGAGAGGACCCACUCGGGGAACCGCUACGCCUGCCCGGACUGUGGGAAGGUGUUCUUUAAGCCGUCUGACCUUGGCUCUCACCGGAGAACCCACUCGGAAGAGAACCCUUUCCGUUGCGACGAGUGCGGCAAGGACUUGAGCACACCGCAGAGCUACCGCAGACACAAGAAGAUGCACCAGAGGAAAUCUUCCGCCGUGCAAGAGCUGCACGCAUAGCUGUCUACCCUCACCGUGGUGUGAAUUGACAUGUUUGUCUAUUUGUGGUCAGCCUGAUGUGAAAAGUAUUAUUACAAAUAAAAUAAUAUAUGGUUCAUC